AUGGAAGCAGCGCAACCGGAAAUCGACGACGCCCUCUACAACCUGCGCCUCUCCAUCCAAGCCUCAAGAGCCCCCAUCCUCACCACAUCCCCCGAUCCAACAACUACCGACUCGGUUUCCCAGCUCUCGCUCGCAACACACGUCUCCUUCAAGACGGAUGAUGGCGCACAUCGCACAUUCAGCCUCACGGCGCCCACGCGCUUUGCGCCCGACGGCAAGCCCAUGGAUCUGCGCAGCUGCUUCUUUGCAUGGCAGAACAAGGACGCCUCUGUCACCGACUACUUUGCGGCCGUACAGGGUCUGAAUGAAGAAUUACCUAGCGGAGCGGGCGGCAGCGUGCAACAUCUUACUUUUGCCCAGAAGAUUGAGCUCAUAGCCUGGCUGAGUGGAGAGACGGAGAGCAGCGACAGUAUCGCGCCUAUCGAGGGCGCCAGCGCACAUGGAGCUGCUGGUGGUGCUGCCGCGGCCAUUGCAGGCGGCAAGGGCGUGCCACUUGAUCGGGGCGCUGGUGCGGUUGGAGGCAAGACGGUGGAUGCACGACUCUUACAGAUCUAUGAUGGGGAGAGGAAAAUGGGCGAUCACAACACCAUUCUUCGAGGAACCAAAAACAUUGACUUCUCCGCCUACCGUGAAAUCGCCAAAAAGUUUAUGCGCCACCGACCCUCGGACCCAAAAGCCAGCCUCGCACCCCCCAUCACCGCCACCCUCCCCAAACGCCCCGCCAAACGCCUCGAACCCAUCAUCCUGCUCUCACCCUCGGCCUCGUCCCUCCUCCGGACAAGCAACGCCAAGCAAUUCCUCGGCGACGGCGUCUUCGUACCCCCCAACGCCACAGACACAGCCUCGAGCACAAACAUGCUGCGUAUCCAGCGCGUCAUACCCUCCAUAUCCUCGUCGCCUCUAACCUUUAUCCUCGUCGAUUCCACCGUCAGCUUCAAACCAACCUACUGGUCGCGCGUCGUCGCCAUCUUCACCACGGGCCAGACGUGGCAGUUCAAGUCGUACAAGUACAAUCAGCCGGCCGAGCUGUUUGCCCAUUACCCGGGUAUCUAUGUCGGCUGGAGCAAUGAGGAGCCGCCGGAGAAUGUGGUGGCGUUAGGUCGGGGUGUCAUGCCUGUGCGCGUGGACAAGUGGACGGGCAGUGAGAAGGGCAGGUGGAGGGAUAGGGAGGUUGUGGAGAGGAUUUGGGCGAGGAUCGAGGAGGGCAUGAGGAAGGGUGCUUGGACAAAGGAUGGACCGGGUCUAGCGGGCGCGCAGCCGGGACGGUAG